UUUGGAGGUUUUUCUUGAGCCGCGAAAAAUAAGGAAAACAGGAAGUUCUCACGCCGCGUUCACUGUUCUGUCUUAGUCGGAGUUUUGUGAAAAGUCCCUCGGUUGCUCUCGACUUUUUGCGAACGCGUCCAAAUACACGUUUAAAGUGUCACACAAGGCCAAGUUUCACCGAUGGAGGUCACACCCAAAGCAGACAAAUCUAACUCUGCGUGUUAUUCACCUCUUCGUUCAGCGGAGUCGAGCCCCUGUGAAUACAAAGAGGAAAAGCAUCACCAAAAGCUGAGCUCCUCCCUGAAGGAGAGGCUGAAGAGAUCGAGGCGCUCCUUCACCUCGCCCUUCUCUGUCGCCAAACGCCUUUGUGUUGAUGAGAAGGAGGGGAAUGGCCAACAAGUUUCUGCAGAUUCCCGGGAGACGGUUAAUAACCCUCGACGGAUUGUGCCCAAUGUAGAUGUCAACAGAAAUGAGGAGAAAUUAGAGAGUGAAAGGUUUCCUGGACCCAUUCCCAAACCCACACAUCCUCCUCCCUCCAAAGACUUUACACAACAACGAGACCAACUGAAGAAGGAGGUUAAAGACAAGAUGGAGACUCUGCGCAGGCUUAAGAUGGUUAAAAUGUACAGGAGCAAGAAUGAUUUAACACAGCUCCACACCUUGAUUGACAAGUGGAGGAGUUGUGCUCAGGCUGCCCUGUAUGAGCUCCAGUCAGACGUCCCCGUAGAAGGACGAAAGGCCGGCCUGUCGGAGCUCAUUGACCUCUUUGGUCUGCAUGACGGCAUUCUGCACUUUGACCGAACAGAGGAUGACUUCACUACCUAAAAAUGCUUUAACACAUAUCAAAUAUCGUGAGUUCAGUGUUUUUUUUAUUUUUGCUGCUAUGCCAUUCAGAUUCACAGCUGAAUUGUAAAUGUAAUGCUAAGUUUACUUGGUAAGAGGAGUGUAAAUAAGACUGUGUUAUCUGUUGAAGAGAAGGCCUCGCUCAGCUGUAUUUCAGCUGAUCCAGUGAAGGAAAGUUCCUCAUCCUCAGACGCUCAACUUCGGCCCAGAGGAAAGCCAGUUCAUCCCCCUGCGCUCUGGCCAGGUCCUCCAAGUUCUUCCUCUGAAGGAUUUCCUGGUAGCGCUCCUCCGUUUUGGCUGCCUGGUUUUUCUCUGAAUCUAAACACCAAACGGGUCACAUUAUCAGUCAGAAGAGGCAUUAAAAUCUCCCUUUGCAAUGAGCCGGACUUCUUGCUGUAUUACCUGAUGCUUCAAAGAUGUGGGUCCUCUCUGCCAGAGUCACCUGCAUAUUAGGCAGCUGCUGUUCUAUAGUUGCGCUCUUCUCGACCUUCUCUGCUGCCUGCCUGUUCAACUGUUCAAUCUUUUUUAUGCGCUGCUCCACACUUUGUAGAUGAGUCUAAAAGGAGAACAUAAUAUGUUUAUUGAUUUAACAGUAAGUUAUGGAAAGUAUACGUUACAGAGCGGAUUGAUGAAAGCAAAAUGUACCUUUUCCUGAUAAGCUAUGGUUUUCUCCAGAAUGGAAGCUUGCUUGAACACCCGCUUGUCUCGAUCUGUCUUGUUGAGGUACUGGAAAGAAAAGAGAAUAACCGACUUGAAUAAAGUGACUGAAAAAGCAAAAAUGUUCUAUACAGUUUGUACUCUAGAUCUUUUGACAACAGUGGUGGCAAAAAAUGGUUUAUCAUAAAACGUUAUGGCUCCUUCAGGAUGGAUUUGUUUAUAUUCAAAGUAUUUUCCUCUCAAGGUUUCAGGGGCCUAAACAAUGACAGGAAGCUGUACACCACGCCACGGGAGAGCUACCUGAAACUUUUGGCAGAGGAAACUGGCAUUCAGGCCUGAAAACAUGUUUGGUGAUAUGCUCAUCAGCUUGUUGAAAAUGACUCAUUUGUUCUAUGUAUUUUUUUCAUUGCUCAACCACUUACUUAAUAUUUUGUUAUAUCACAAACUUAUGAAACAACUUGUGUUUUAUAAAGUGUCCGAAGGGGUUAAUUGUAAUGGGGAACAACAAAGUGUCUUUCUGUCAGCUUUUGUUGUCUGUUCUUGUUUAAAUGCCUGUUAAUUCUUUAGGU